CGUUCUGGCAUCUGUUCUAAUAAGGUGAACGCUGUCGAUUGUGCUUGCCGAACCCAUUGCCUGAACUCUGCUUCUGAGCGAUUGUUGACAUAGUGUCAGAGCUUGUCGGGAUAAUUGCUCUCUCUCGGAAUCACAGCAUCAGGAUAAUCGAGGAAAAUGGUUCUGAUUCAUGGCAUAUCUGUGAUUAUAAUAUUGUUAUAUAUACUCUGUCUUAUCACUAGGUAUUGUAAUACUACGCCUAGAAAGAUGAUAAUAGAUACAGAUGCUGGAGGAGAUGAUGCUCUAGCAAUAAUGUUGGCUCUCAUGUAUGAGACCAAGACACACGACAUCGAAAUUCUAGCUAUAACUGCUACAUAUGGUAACACAUACUUGAAGAACGUGGAACAGAAUGUAUUAAAAACUUUAACAAUUGCUAAUAGAAGCGACAUACCCGUGUAUAGUGGUGCCCAAAAACCAUUGAUAAAUAUAUAUGAAAAUACUAAUUACUUUGGCAAAGAUGGAUUUGGAGAUUUUAAUUUUACUAAAACUAUAACAGCAAAAGUGGACAAAUCAAAACACGCUUCUGUAUUACUUGUAGAAUUAGUGAAACAAUAUCCAGGUAUAUGUGAAAUAACUAUAGUUACUCUUGGAUCUCUGACAACAAUUGCUACAGCAAUCGCAUUAGAACCUAAUUUUCUGCAUUUAGUAAAGCGACAUAUUAUAAUGGGAUCGAACAUUGACAGUAAUAUAAUUGAAUUUAAUUUUAAACAAGAUCCGGAAAGCGAUUGGAUUGUAUUGAAUAACACCAAUAAACCUAGUAUUAUAUUGCCAUCAAACACAGUAUAUGCUAAUUCUAUUUCAAAAGAAGAAUAUAGAAACAUUUAUAAUAAUCUGGAUAUUUCUAUUGCAAACUUUUUGUAUCAAGCUGAAAGAAUCGGUUUGGAAAAAACCGAGAUGUGGGAACCAGCAGACGGAAUCGCUAUGGCAAGUGCGCUACAACCGGAAAUGAUAACGGAACGUUGUAAAACUAAUUUAAGACCGGUAAUCGCCGGUGAUGCAAGAGGUUCAGUUGUGAAAGAUAUAGAUACGAAUAAUCAAGUCUGCAAUGCAGAAAUUAUACAAAACGUUAAUAUAACUAUAUUUAAAAAUCUUCUAUUAGAAUAUCUUUCUUAACAGUAUUGAUCUAAAUUGUGGAAUUAUUAUUAUGCUAAAUUCAUUUUUAAUUUUGUAUUAUAUACAAAUGUUCAUAUAUUAUUAUAU